AUGCCGCAACAGGUUGUCAAAGCCAUUUCGACUCUUAUCAUGCGUGACGAACGUUUUUGCAACCAAUCAAGCACCGAUGUCCUCAACAAUAAGCAUAUAAUUACAAGCAUUCAUGAUGGAAAUAUAUAUGAUAUUGCUUGUUCAUGCCUUCCGGAUCAUGUUACACAGCAGGAUCCGACGAUAACUACAUGGCGGCAAUUGAAUCCGGGAUAA